CGAGUAGAGCCUCAGAGUAGGUUGGUUUGUUUCCGGAAGCGGCUGACCUCGUGACCGGAAACAGAAUGUUUCCCGGGAAGGUUGUAUCUGGCAUGUGGUGUUGUCUUCUGCGGAGUCUGUUGUGGCGGCGGAGGUUACGCGCCUCCUCUUCCUCCCUCUCUGCUGCCCUUCGGCCAUGGCUCGGGCGCUGUUUCAGCAGCCAGCCUGGCUUGAUGGAGCUGUUCAAGAUGCCGGCUCUUCAGCGUUUCCUGGAUCUCCAGCAGCAGCAGCAACAACAAGAACAAGAGCUCCGCGGAGGUUUCCACCCGGAGUUGGCAGCGCGGAUUCGCCUUCUGCGGGACAAGGAAGAGGAGAUGCGCGACACGGAGCGCCUGGCCCGGGAAGAUGAAAGUGAAGAUUUGCGGAUGCUUGCAGAAAAGGAAGUUUUUUCCUGUCAGGAAGAGAUAAUGAAAUUGAAACAUCAGAUAGUAUUGCUUCUGCUUCCUUCAGAAGAAACUGAUAAAAGUGAUCUUAUCAUGGAAGUCACUGCUGGAGUUGGAGGGCAGGAAGCAAUGCUAUUCACUGCAGAGAUGUUUGAUAUGUAUCAACAGUAUGCUACAUAUAAAAACUGGAAUUUUGAAGUUCUGGAAUAUACACCCAGUGACAUAGGUGGUUUGAGACAUGCAUCUGCCACUAUAAGAGGCCUUGACACAUAUAAGCAAAUGAAGUUUGAAGGGGGAGUACAUCGUGUACAACGAGUACCUAAGACAGAGAAGCAAGGCCGCAUUCAUACCAGCACAAUGACUGUUGCGAUUUUACCUCAGCCAACUGAGAUAAAUUUAACAAUUAAUCCUAAAGAGUUACGUAUUGAAACUAAACGAGCCAGUGGAGCUGGUGGUCAGCACGUAAACACCACUGAUAGUGCUGUACGAAUAGUCCAUAUUCCCACAGGUGUUGUGUCCGAAUGCCAGCAACAGAGAUCUCAAAUCAAAAAUAAAGAAAAGGCUAUGCAGAUCCUUCGUGCCAAGCUAUAUAGUAUCAAGCUUGAAGAAGUGUCAAGAAAAAGAGAAAUGGCCAGGAAACUUCAGACUGGGUCCAGAGGAAGGUCGGAGAAAAUCAGAACCUACAACUUUCCCCAGGAUCGUGUUACUGAUCACAGAAUAAGCAGAUCAGUGCAUGACAUUGAAAGGUUCAUGUUGGGGGAAGUACUGCUAGAUGAAAUGAUACAGUUCCUAAGAGAAUAUGCUGACUAUGAGACUCUAAUGGAAGUUAUUACGGAAAGUGAUCCAACCAGGCUGAAGUAAUUUGUACCACAGCUGUGAUCCCCCAGACAUCUCCUGUGGAUAUCUCCACUACAAAGCCAUGGAUGAAGACAUCUUCUCCAUCUCUUUCUAGCCCGGAGAUGUGGUUAGGUUUCCAUCUCAGUUGUACCAGAGAGGUUAUCAUCUUGUGAAUCUCCGCCAGGACUUCCUUGUAAGAGCUCUCUGGUCUGGAUCCAGUAGGUCGCAUUCCUCUUCAAUGAGACGCAAAGCCAUCUCCUCAAAGGUCACCAGAUCCUGAGCUGGCUGCACAGUGGUUGUUUCCUUUCCAAUAUUAUUUCACAAUCUUGAUCUUGGGGCUCCUUCCAUUCAGCACCCUUUUAACAUCUCUGCAAGCAAUACAUUCAUAGUGAUAUGAAUUUCAUUGAGGACAGUGUGCAUAUCACAAAAGCACAACUUUGUGCUAGGUACAAGUGUUUGCAAACUGCUUAAAUCCAUAACUUAUUUAACUAAUAUGAAGAACAUGUGACUAUUGAAAAACAACUGUGUGGUAUUCACUUUAUUUAAUCUGCUGAUUUGCUGUUAAAGAUUUGCUGAGUAUGUUUAUUGGUCUUUGUUUGAAUAUUAGCUUGUAUAUUAUUGAAAAG